GUAUCUAAGGCACUCUCACACUCCAUGUGACUCAUUGCUUCCUUCACUCUCACUGCUCACUUUUCUAUCAAAUUCAAUUGGAGACAAGAGAAAAAUCUAAACUUGCAUGAUAUUUUCUUCAUUUUAUUCACUCAUUCAAUCACUCCAAAGUCUUUCUCUAUCUCCUUCUCUUUCCAUUUAAAGGGUCUCACUCUCACUUAUGGUAUCAUUCAGCAUCAUAUCUCGUGAUUCCCUUCUGUGGCUUAGCAACAACACUCCUUGAAAUAUCUUCCCAUUUGCUUCCACGCCCUGAUUUUGUUUUUGCUUAUUAAUCACUUGUUUUUCCACUUGCACAUUUCUUCAAUUCUUAAUCUUGAUUCAUAGAGAUUGAGAGGGAGAGAGAGAGAGGUUACAUUGAUUAAAGUUGGAAGAGAUUAGAAAUGGCGGCUAAAGUAGAGGCUAAUGGUGGUAGUGGCAAGGUUGGUGUUUCUGCAGUUUCUGCCAAGAUUCCAGCAGUGGCACAUCCAUUGGCUGAAAAGCCUGAUGAGAUUGCAUCCAAUAUUACUUACCAUGCUCAGUUCAGUCCUCAUUUUUCCCCUUUCAAGUUUGAGCUGGAACAAGCUUACUACGCCACUGCUGAGAGUGUUCGUGAUCGUCUCAUUCGGCAAUGGAAUGAAACAUACGCUCAUUUUCACAAAGUUGAUCCCAAGCAAACUUACUACUUAUCGAUGGAGUUCCUUCAAGGUCGAGCUUUGACCAAUGCCAUUGGAAAUCUGAACAUCCAAGAUGCAUAUGCUAAUGCUUUGCGCAAAUUUGGACUUGAACUAGAAGAAAUAACAGAACAGGAGAAGGAUGCAGCACUAGGAAAUGGUGGUCUUGGUAGGCUUGCUUCUUGCUUUCUGGAUUCAAUGGCAACACUUAAUUUGCCUGCUUGGGGUUAUGGUUUGAGAUAUAGAUACGGGCUGUUUAAGCAGAGAAUCACCAGGGAAGGUCAGGAGGAAGUUGCAGAGGACUGGCUUGAGAAGUUUAGCCCCUGGGAAGUUGUGAGGCAUGACAUUUUGUACCCCAUCAGAUUCUUUGGUCAUGUUGAGGUUAACCUUAAUGGAAGACGAAAAUGGGUUGGAGGAGAGGUUGUGCAAGCACUGGCUUAUGAUGUGCCAAUUCCAGGUUACCAAACCAAGAACACCAUCAGUCUUCGCCUGUGGGAGGCAAAAGCAAGUGCUGAGGAUUUCAAUUUAUUUUUAUUUAAUGAUGGGCAACAUGAUGCAGCUUCAGUACUUCAUUCGCGAGCUCAACAGAUCUGUGCAGUUUUGUACCCUGGGGAUACCACAGAAGGUGGAAAACUUCUACGGUUGAAGCAGCAGUUCUUUCUCUGCAGUGCAUCACUCCAAGAUAUAAUAUCCCGAUUUAAGGCGAGGAGACAAGGGCCUUGGAACUGGUCAGAGUUCCCUACAAAGGUUGCUGUUCAGUUGAAUGAUACUCACCCAACACUUGUAAUACCAGAGUUGAUGCGAUUACUAAUGGAUGACGAAGAACUUGGAUGGGAGGAAGCAUGGGAUGUGACAUCAAGGACUGUUGCUUACACCAACCAUACUGUCCUCCCUGAAGCACUGGAGAAAUGGUCUCAACCUGUAAUGUGGAAACUUCUUCCACGCCAUAUGGAAAUCAUACAAGAAAUAGACAAGAGAUUCACUACAGUGAUAAGUACAACCCGGUUGGAUCUUGAGAGUGAGCUAGCCAACAUGCGCAUCUUAGACGACAAUCCCCAAAAGCCAGUAGUUCGGAUGGCAAAUUUGUGUGUGGUUUCUUCUCAUGCAGUGAAUGGUGUUGCUCAGUUACACAGUGAUAUAUUGAAGUCAGAAUUGUUUGCAAAUUAUGUUUCAAUCUGGCCAACAAAGUUCCAAAAUAAAACCAAUGGGAUUACACCUCGGAGAUGGAUUCAAUUUUGCAAUCCCGAGCUCAGUAGGAUAAUCACCAAGUGGUUAAAAACUGAUAAGUGGGUAACCAAUCUUGACUUGUUAACAGGUCUUCGACAGUUUGCAGAUAAUGAAGACUUGCAGAAAGAAUGGCUGUCUGCAAAGAUGGCUAGUAAGCGGCGCUUAGCACGGUAUGUUUUGCAGGUGACAGGGGAGAGCAUUGACCCGGAUAGUUUGUUUGACAUUCAAGUCAAGCGUAUCCAUGAAUACAAGAGGCAGCUACUUAACAUACUUGGUGUGAUUUAUAGAUACAAGAAGCUAAAGGAAAUGAGCCCUGAAGAACGGAAGAAAUCUACUCCGCGUACUGUAAUGAUUGGAGGAAAGGCAUUUGCAACAUAUACAAAUGCUAUAAGGAUUGUCAGGCUGGUGAAUGAUGUUGGUGCUGUUGUCAACAGUGAUCCUGAGGUCAACAGCUUUUUGAAGGUUGUGUUUGUCCCAAAUUACAAUGUGUCUGUGGCAGAAGUGCUAAUUCCAGGAAGUGAACUUUCACAGCAUAUUAGCACUGCAGGAAUGGAAGCAAGUGGCACAAGCAACAUGAAAUUUGCUUUGAAUGGGUGCCUUAUAAUAGGCACUUUAGAUGGAGCCAAUGUGGAAAUCAGGGAGGAGAUUGGUGAGGAGAAUUUUUUCCUCUUUGGUGCCACAGCAGAAGAUGUUCCUCGACUGAGGAAAGAAAGAGAGAAUGGACUGUUCAAACCUGAUCCUCGAUUUGAAGAGGCAAAGAAGUUUAUCAGGAGUGGGGUGUUUGGAAGCUAUGACUACAGUCCAUUGCUUGAAUCUUUGGAAGGAAAUUCUGGUUAUGGUCGUGGUGAUUACUUUCUUCUUGGUCAUGACUUCCCAAGCUACAUGGAUGCUCAGGCAAAAGUCGAUGAAGUGUAUCGUGACAGGAAAAAAUGGCUAAAAAUGUCAAUCUUAAGCACUGCUGGAAGUGGAAAGUUCAGCAGUGACAGAACAAUCGCUCAAUAUGCCAAGGAAAUUUGGAACAUAGAAGAGUGCCGCGUGCCAUAAUUUCUGCUGCAUGUCAUUUGCAUGCAAGUUUGUGUAUAGCAGAUAGAGAAUGAUAAAUUUAUAAGUAAUAAAAAAUAUGAAAAAAGUAGUUUACUAAAACGAGAAAGUGGAGACUUAUUUUUUCUGUGUUUAGCUUGUCACAUAAGAUUUCAGCUUUGUUCUUAUGUUAAAUGUUCUCUCUACCAUCUGCUUCUGAUAGAUAGUGCCUUCUAUAUGCAAAUAAAUCUUUAGUUUCAUUCUCUGUGAAAUUUGAUAUAGCCUUCUAAAUUUGAGGAUUACUUUUUCAUCUUUGCAA